UUUCAGCAGAACUUGGCUGACGGCGGUGCUCGCUCGUCAUGGCUGUUCCAGGUCCGCUGGCGCUUUUCUUGUGAGGACGAUCCUGGCCUUAACCAUCAGAGCGGGGGACCCAGGCCAGAGGAGGCGAUCACGGAGCCCAUCGUGCUGGAGGGCAAGUGCCUGGUGGUGUGCGACUCCAGCCCAUCGGCGGACGGUGCUGUCACCUCCUCCCUUGGCAUCUCCGUGCGCUCUGGCAGCGCCAAAGUGGCCUUCUCCGCCACCCGGAGCACCAACCACGAGCCGUCGGAGAUGAGCAACCGCACCAUGACCAUCUACUUCGACCAGGUGUUAGUAAAUAUUGGCAACCAUUUCGAUCUUGCCUCCAGUAUAUUUGUAGCUCCGAGAAAAGGGAUUUAUAGCUUCAGCUUCCACGUGGUCAAAGUGUACAACAGACAGACCAUCCAGGUCAGUUUAAUGCAGAACGGCUAUCCAGUGAUCUCAGCAUUCGCAGGAGACCAGGACGUGACCAGAGAAGCAGCCAGCAAUGGGGUCCUGCUGCUGAUGGAGAGGGAGGACAAGGUGCACCUCAAACUGGAGCGGGGCAACCUCAUGGGAGGCUGGAAGUACUCCACCUUCUCUGGCUUCUUGGUGUUUCCCCUAUAAACGCCGAGCCUGGGGUGACGGGGAAGUUGUAAUCUGGACCCAGGAAUCCGCCCUCCCUAACCCCCUGAACUUGGCAGAACGGGACAACUUGUUUCCAAGCUCCGUCUGACUGUCGAGAUAGAAGAAUGAUUUCCUUCCAAGUCUCCAGUGUUUUCUUUGACUAUUGACCAUUCCUCGGGAACCUGGCCUCUAAUUAGUUUUAGACGAUAAGGUCUUCAGGAGAAAUGACACUAUGGACCUGAGCAAUUUGUACCUGUGAUUGUAACGUCGAUCUGGGAUUUUAUUGUUGGGGCCACUGCGAUUUCUUCUUUUGUAUGGACGCUGUAUUGUUGUCCAGAGUGAGGAGCGCCCAGACCUCAGGAUGGAUUGCAGGGGGCUGGCUGCACUCAAAGCAAGAGCCCUGCAGGUCACCGCCCACUGGCCAGUCCGUGAAAUGUGUUCUCUGUGUGUCUGUUCAGCCUUAAGAAAAAGGAUGGCUUGGCUUUCAUUCUGUGUGUUUCCCUGGGAGAAUGGGAGGACUGGGGAGGGGAAGGGGCAUUGUGAUACUGUCGGAAGUGCUUUAUCUGGAGAUGCGAGUUUUGCACGAUCGGACUGGACUUUUGUUCUGUACUGUGUGUGUGUGUGUGUGUGUGUGUGUGUGUGUGUGUGUGUGUCCUCGAAAAGCUUUACUUUGCUUUCUACGCUCGGCUCUCCCUCCUCACCCCUGCUUUUAUUCGUCAUGCUGGGCUGAAGGAGAGAAAUGUAUGUUGAAUUCCUGGAUGAGACCCAACCAAACAAAAGGUACCUGUAUAUCAAAGUGAAAAUGACAAAUGGACAAUUCCUUGGAUUCUUUUAAAGAGAUUCUCUCAGAUGCACCAUGAGAAUGAACAACCAGGAUAUUUUUUUGAACGC